AUGAAUCCUGAUCAUUACUCCAACAUGCUGGAUGCACAGCUGGACGCCGCCAUAGCGGCCAUGGCGACGCUGGGCUACGGUGAGGUGAAAGUGGUCAUUAGUGAGACGGGGUGGCCCACCAGUGGCGACUCCAGCGGCGCCACCGUAGCCAACGCCGCCAGCUACAACACAAGACUCGUCAGCAAGUUGUUAUCAAACACUGGUACUCCGCGUCGUCCGCAGACGUUCUUUGCCACAUUCAUCUUCGCCCUCUUUAAUGAAGAUGAGAAGACCGGCCACACCACGGAGCGCAACUGGGGCCUCUUUUACCCUGACGGAACUCCAGUCUACGACAUCGAUCUCUCCGCCGGCGUGAUUAAAACCUCACAUACUCUGGAGGCGGCGUCGUCGUCGUCGGUCGUUUCCUCGACCCAACAAGCCCAGGGAGUGGAAUUGUUUGUGAGAAAACAAGAAUUAGAAGAUAUGUCAGAGAAAUGCCAGAAAUGGCAGCGCACAACGAUUAAGCUUCAGAUAGUUAUUGUACGAGGAUUUCAUGUUGAGGUGGCGGGCAUGACAGUUCAUAAGAUGGACGAAGAAGAAGGUAAAAUUUGGGAGAUAUAUAAUGGUUUUACAUACUUCAAGCAUUGUGUACAUUGGUGGGAUGGUGGGAAAAAAGAGGAUAAUUCUGUUGAAGAGGAGGAGGAUGUUGGGUUUGUUUCUUACUCCACUCUUAAUGCAGUUGUGGCAUGUAUUGGCCAAACUUUUGAUGGCCACGAAAUUGAUGUCACCUCUGUGGUGAAGGUUGAACACCAUGAUGUCUCGAUUGGGAUUAAUGAUGGUCCCUAUGUAGAGUUUGGAAUUUCUUGA